GGGAAGGCGCUGCUGCCGCGGCCGGCAGGGGGAGCACCUGCCGCGCUCGACUGAGGCGCGGGUUGGGCGGCUGGUCCCGGCUGGAGCAGAGCAGCUGGGGAGGAGCGGCCGGGUGCCGGCGGCGUGGAGCGCGAAGCCAGUGCCUGUCCGAGCCGGAGGAGGAAAGCAGGAACAAACAACUGGAGAAACAGGGAUCUCUGUAGGGGUUGAAAGUCCCCAGCCUUGCAGUCAUCCACUAGAAUAUCAACAUGGAAGAGUGAGCUGUCUUGGGAGGUGUCACAACAAAGACAGGAAGCAACAAAAAGGAACUGUCAAACUUCAACAGUGAUCUAAUUUUCACAUUGGGAUUUAACCUCUUAGAGUCAGUACGCAUGUUCCAUUUGCUCACUCGAAGACUUGUGUCAUCUGACACUGGACUCCUUUCUCCAGCAUCUGCAUACCCUGGAAUGUUGCUGUACCUUACAGUUUGUCUGUAAUAGGGAUCUGAGCCUGCCAAAAAUCAGGAGGAGAGCAAAUAACCCCUUUUGGAACCUGAAUGGCUUGAGGUGUGUACCUAACACCCACCACACUGCAGAUAUGGACACUGGGCUUGCUGCACCAACUUCACCAUGCUAGACCAUGGGAAUGAAAACUUCCUCUAUGACGUGGUCUACAUUAUCUUGGAACUGGUCAUUGCAGUGUUGGCCAUCUUGGGCAAUGUCCUGGUCUGCUGGGCCGUCUAUUUGAACAGUAACCUUCAGAACGUCACAAACUAUUUUGUGGUGUCACUAGCAGUGGCUGACAUAGCGGUGGGUUUGCUGGCCAUUCCCUUUGCCAUCACUAUCAGCACUGGCUUCUGCGCUUCCUUCUAUGGCUGUCUCUUCAUUGCCUGCUUUGUCCUGGUUCUGACGCAGAGUUCCAUUUUCAGCCUCCUAGCAAUUGCCAUGGAUCGGAUUAUCGCUAUCCGGAUACCUCUCAGGUACAAUGCUUUGGUGACCAGUUCACGAGCAAAAGGCAUCGUAGCCAUCUGCUGGGUCUUAUCCUUCAUCAUCGGCCUGACACCCAUGCUGGGCUGGCACACAUGCUCCUCAAAAAGCAAAGGGCAGAACAGUUCGCUCGUCAAUAGCUGCAGCAAUAACAGGGUGGCUUGCUUGUUUGAGUCUGUCGUCACCAUGGAGUAUAUGGUUUACUAUAAUUUCUUUGCCUGUGUGCUUGUCCCCCUCCUGCUCAUGUUUGGCAUCUACCUGAAAAUCUUUAUGGCAGCCCGGCGGCAGCUCAAACAGAUGGAGAACAACAUGGUUCAUGGAGAACGGUCCCACUCCAUCUUGCAGAAGGAGGUCCACGCAGCCAAGUCUUUGGCUAUCAUUGUCGGCUUGUUUGCCGUCUGCUGGCUUCCCUUGCAUAUCAUCAACUGCUUCAUCUUCUUCUGCCCACUCUGCGUGCGUGCUCCACCCUGGGUGAUGUACUUAGCCAUCAUCUUUUCCCAUGCUAACUCUGUGGUGAACCCGUUGAUCUAUGCGUACAGGAUCAGGGAGUUCCGGCUCACCUUCCGCAAAAUCAUUGGGCAGCACAUCCUGGGCAAGAAGGAGCAGUUCAAGCCUGCCACUGCCAGCCGGAGGACUUCCAUUCAUGAUGGAGAUGCUGAGCAUUCCAGCAUACGGAUUAGCCCUCGUGCUCGGAGCAUUUACAGCAGCAGGGACUUGGACAGCAUCCACACGGAGAGUGAUUUGGGGAAAAACAUGGCCUUGGAAUGGCACCAGAAUGGAAAUGCAUUGGAUGGGGAAGCAAAUGGACAUAUCCCACAUUCCUGCAACAAUGGAGCCCUUUUAAAUGGCCCCUGCAAAACUGAGCUGCUCAGCAAAGAGUAUGUUGGGGUUCCUAUCAUGUUAUCUAGCAUGGAGGCUUCACCUUUAGAAGCCUCUGAAGUUUCCUGAUGCUUUGCAGGAAGUCAUACUUUUGGGGUGAAGUCUUUUCCUUCCUUAGUUGAAACACAGAACGUUUGGGUCAUGAUUGAUGGAAGGGGAAGGAGUCCCUGCCUGGACUGUCAGAAGGACUCUAAGAACUGCAGUAGGAGAGAGGAAAGGGCUGCAAGAUGUUUUACCUUUCACGGACACAACUCACGGGCAAGGAGUAAAAACAGGCCAGUCUGGACAGAGGGACAUGUCCUUUUGAGUCUCGGAAAGAAGGGCCGUUGCAGUAUCAUCAUGUUAUAUCUUUUGUGCAUCUGCGGCUAUGUCUGGCAUGGUCUAGUUGUACUUAGCAAAAAAGAAAUAAAAACAUAGCUGGAAA